GGCCGGGGGGCCCGAGUGAAAGGCAGGCGGGCGAGGGCGGGUUGGGCGGAUUCGACGAGCGCCGCUGCGGUUGGAGAGGCGGACGGGGCGCAGCCUCCCCGGUGCGAAAAACGGUCCCCGCUGACAGAUCCCCUUCUUCCGGCCGCGCCACCCGGGAGGCGGAUCCCCGGGGCCCGAGGAGGCUUCCUCCACCCGGCUCUCCUUCCCUCCCUCCCUCUGCCGCGGGUCAGCGGAGCGGCCUCUGAGGAGGAGUGGGAGGAGGAGGAGGUCGUCGGGGGCGGCGGGCGGAGACCGCGCUCCCCCUUCGCCGGCGGCGGCGGGGGCAGGACAAUGGAGGUGGCGGUGGAGAAGACGGCGGCGGCCGCGGCUUCGGCGGCGGCCGCCGGGGGGCCCUCGGUGGCGCCGAGCGGGGAGAACGAGGCCGAGAGUCGGCAGGGCCCGGACUCGGAGCGCGGCGGCGAGGCGGCCCGGCUCAACCUGUUGGACACUUGUGCCGUGUGCCACCAGAACAUCCAGAGCCGGGCGCCCAAGCUGCUGCCCUGCCUGCACUCUUUCUGCCAGCGCUGCCUGCCCGCGCCCCAGCGCUACCUCAUGCUGCCGGCGCCAAUGCUGGGCUCGGCCGAGACCCCGCCGCCCGCCCCCGGCUCCGGCUCCGGCUCCGGCUCGCCGGUCAGCGGCUCCUCGCCGUUCGCCACCCAAGUUGGAGUCAUUCGAUGCCCAGUUUGCAGCCAAGAAUGUGCAGAGAGACACAUCAUAGAUAAUUUUUUUGUGAAGGACACUACUGAGGUUCCCAGCAGUACAGUAGAAAAGUCUAAUCAGGUGUGUACAAGCUGUGAGGACAAUGCAGAAGCUAAUGGGUUUUGUGUAGAGUGUGUUGAAUGGCUCUGCAAGACAUGUAUCAGAGCUCAUCAGAGGGUAAAGUUCACAAAAGACCACACUGUCAGACAGAAAGAGGAAGUAUCUCCAGAGGCAGUUGGUGUCACCAGCCUGCGACCAAUGCUUUGUCCUUUUCAUAAAAAGGAGCAGUUGAAGCUUUACUGUGAGACAUGUGACAAACUGACAUGUCGAGAUUGCCAAUUGUUAGAACAUAAAGAGCAUAGAUAUCAAUUUAUAGAAGAAGCGUUUCAGAAUCAGAAAGUGAUCAUAGAUACACUAAUCACCAAACUGAUGGAAAAAACAAAAUACAUAAAAUUCACAGGAAAUCAGAUCCAAAACAGAAUAAUUGAGGUAAAUCAAAAUCAAAAGCAGGUGGAACAGGAUAUUAAAGUUGCUAUAUUUACAUUGAUGGUAGAAAUAAAUAAAAAAGGAAAAGCUCUACUGCAUCAGCUAGAGAGCCUUGCAAAAGACCAUCGCAUGAAACUUAUGCAACAACAACAGGAAGUGGCUGGACUUUCCAAACAGUUGGAACAUGUCAUGCAUUUUUCUAAAUGGGCAGUUUCUAGUGGCAGCAGUACAGCACUACUUUAUAGCAAGCGACUGAUUACAUACCGGUUACGGCACCUCCUUCGUGCAAGGUGUGAUGCUUCUCCAGUGACCAACAACACCAUCCAAUUUCACUGUGAUCCUAGUUUCUGGGCUCAAAAUAUUAUCAACUUAGGUUCUUUAGUAAUCGAGGAUAAAGAGAGCCAGCCACAAAUGCCUAAGCAGAAUCCUGUCGUGGAACAGAAUUCACAGCCACCAGGUGGUUUAUCUUCAAACCAGUUAUCCAAGUUUCCAACACAGAUCAGCCUAGCUCAAUUACGGCUCCAGCAUAUGCAGCAACAGGUAAUCGCUCAGAGGCAACAGGUGCAACGGAGGCCAGCACCUGUGGGUUUACCAAACCCUAGAAUGCAGGGGCCCAUCCAGCAACCUUCCAUCUCUCAUCAGCAACCCCCUCCACGUUUGAUAAAUUUUCAAAAUCAUAGUCCCAAACCCAGUGGACCAGUUCUUCCUCCUCAUCCUCAACAACUGAGAUAUCCACCAAACCAGAAUAUACCACGACAAGCAAUAAAGCCCAACCCCCUACAGAUGGCUUUCUUGGCUCAACAAGCCAUAAAACAGUGGCAGAUCAGCAGUGGACAGGGUCCCCCAUCAACUGCCGGCAGCACACCCUCCACACCUUCCAGCCCCACCAUUACUAGUGCAGCAGGGUAUGAUGGGAAAGCUUUUGGUUCACCUAUGAUCGAUUUGAGCUCACCAGUGGGAGGUUCUUAUAAUCUUCCCUCUCUUCCAGAUAUUGACUGUUCAAGUACUAUUAUGCUGGACAACAUUGCGAGGAAAGAUACCACUACAGAUCAUGGCCAGCCAAGACCACCCUCAAACAGAACGGUCCAGUCACCAAAUUCAUCAGUGCCAUCUCCAGGCCUUGCAGGACCUGUUACUAUGACUAGUGUACACCCCCCAAUGCGUUCACCUAGUGCCUCCAGCGUUGGAAGCCGAGGAAGCUCUGGCUCUUCCAGCAAACCAGCAGGAGCAGAUUCUACACAUAAAGUCCCAGUGGUCAUGUUGGAGCCAAUCCGAAUAAAACAAGAAAACAGUGGGCCACCUGAAAAUUAUGAUUUUCCUGUUGUUAUAGUGAAACAAGAAUCAGAUGAAGAAUCUAGGCCUCAGAAUGCUAACUAUCCAAGAAGCAUACUCACCUCCCUGCUCUUAAAUAGCAAUCAGAACUCUACUUCGGAGGAGACUGUGCCAAGAUCAGAUGCCCCUGAUAGCACAGGAGAUCAACCUGGACUUCACCAGGAAAAUUCCUCAAAUGGAAAGUCUGAGUGGCUAGACCCCUCACAAAAGUCACCCCUUCAUGUUGGAGAGACAAGGAAAGAGGAUGACCCCAAUGAGGACUGGUGUGCAGUUUGUCAAAAUGGAGGGGAACUCCUGUGCUGUGAGAAGUGCCCCAAGGUGUUCCAUCUUUCUUGUCAUGUGCCCACAUUGACAAAUUUUCCAAGUGGAGAGUGGAUUUGCACUUUCUGUCGAGACUUAUCUAAACCAGAAGUUGAAUAUGACUGUGAUGCUUCCAGUCACAACUCAGAAAAAAAGAAAACUGAAGGCCUUGUUAAAUUAACACCAAUAGAUAAAAGGAAGUGUGAACGCCUACUUUUAUUUCUUUACUGCCAUGAAAUGAGCCUGGCUUUUCAAGACCCUGUUCCUCUAACUGUGCCUGAUUAUUACAGAAUAAUUAAAAAUCCAAUGGACUUGUCAACUAUCAAGAAAAAACUACAAGAAGAUUAUUCUAUGUACUCAAAACCUGAAGAUUUUGUAGCUGAUUUUAGAUUGAUCUUUCAAAACUGUGCUGAAUUCAAUGAGCCUGAUUCAGAAGUAGCCAAUGCUGGUAUAAAACUUGAAAAUUACUUUGAAGAACUUCUAAAGAACCUUUAUCCAGAAAAAAGGUUUCCUAAACUAGAAUUCAGGAAUGAAUCAGAAGAUAAUAAAUUUAGUGAUGAUUCAGAUGAUGACUUUGUGCAGCCCCGGAAGAAACGCCUCAAAAGCAUCGAGGAGCGCCAGUUGCUUAAAUAAACAGCACCAUUGGCUUGUGUUGGUUUUUAAAUAUUUUUGGUUUCCAAAAAAGUAUUUGUCAGUAAUUUAAUAUCACUACAAAGAAGAGUUUGUGACUACUCUGAUGUCUGUUUUUGAUGUUUACUAGACUUUGAUUUCCUUAGUAACCCAUUUGUUUUAACCUCUUAUCAUUAAGGAGGAGGAAGAAUGGAAGAAAGAAAAUGGAGGGAAGAAAUAAAGGAUGGUAGAAAAGAAGGAAGGAGGAGGAAGCAUCAAAAAUGAAAUACAAAGACAUCCUUCCCACUUCUUGGAUUUUAAAACCAUAAUCUGGAGGUGAUAGCUACUAGAGAAAGGAAAUAGACUUUGUAUGAAUUCUAAGUUGAAAAUUAAAUGUGGUUUGAAUGUGUGUGUUAAUUCAUUUUUAGAAAUUAAUACCAUUAUUACCCAUUAAUUAUGGCCUGACCAUAUGAGUUAGGUAUACUGUACUUAAGAACAGUACUCCAUGAACGUGAGUGGUAACAAGUUCUAUCCCAGGAUGCCAAGUGGUACAACAAAAGGAUAGAUUAGAAGCUAUUAAGAAGGCACCUAAUAGUAUAUCAUGUAAGAUGGCAACUGUAUUAAAGAAAAAUCAGGAAAACAAAUGUUUGAUUUUUGGUUUGUUUUUUUUUUCCUUGUCUAUAGAGGUGUUUGGUAUAGCAGGUUUUCAAGGCCAUUUUUCAUACAUUUCUAGAUCUAGAUUUUCUUCAACUUUUUCCACUGACGGAAGUGUACAUGUUUGGUUUUGCUGUGUGUCUAUGUGUGGUUUGUUUUUUUUUUUUUAACUGUGCUUUUAUAAAAAGCCUCAUUGUUUGCAGUAUGGCUUUUAGUGGAAGUACCCAAAAUAUAAAAUACAGCAGUGUGCACUGUAUUUGUCGUGAGGUUUCUUGAACAUAUACCCUAUUGGGCAUUAAAUACAAGGUCCCCUGAAAGGGACUAAUUUUUGUGGUUUUCAUCUGCCUGUAAUUUGGAAUGAAAAUAUGUUGUGGGAUUUGGGAGCGGGCAGUUGGAGAGAAUUAUAGUGAAAAAAAUUUUUUUUUCUGAAGCAUCUAUUUCCUGUUUGUUGUUGUUAAGAGUCAAAAUUCAAUCUUUGAUCUGACUUAAUCCUGAAUUACAUUUUCAUUCUAUUGAUUGAGAUAUAAAAGACCUAUAUUCUGAGAACAAGCAUAUUCUUAAUGAGCCAGACUCAGCUAGCAGCUAGUUCAACUGGUACAAUUUAUUCCUUUUACUUGUUCAGUGUUUUUUAGGAUCAGAUAAACUGUCAAAGAAAGAAACUAGAUUAAGAUAGACGAAAAUUGCUGUGCCAUAUGUUUAAUACUAAUCUAACAUUUGACAAAAUACACGUGAAUAUUUGUAGUUUGCCAAAAUAAGGCAUUAUUUAUAGAACAUUAAUUGACUGGAGGAAAUUUUUCUCUUUAGGAUGAUAGAAUAAAAAUAUAGCUGACCUGAAGGAAUGCUCUUCUUUGGAUUGUAUUACCUCCCAUGAAUUAAACAUAGAAGAUUUGGUUAUAUCCGCAAGGCUUUACUUCUUAAAGUGGAAAACAUUCUGUGGCUAAUUCAUUGGGUUUUCAGGUAUUGCUAAAGAAAAAAAUCUAAGGAGAAAACAACUUACUAGCAAUAGCUUCCCAUUUUCUAUAUACACAGGUCUUAUUCGUAAUGUGUCAAUUAUGUAUUAAUUGUUAAAGUCUCAAUCACUUUUCCAAAUAUCUGUUACAUGGUGAUGUUUGUUGUUGUGUUUUAAAUAUGCAUUUGACAUUUGUUCUCCUGAGACUAUUUGAGCAGAUUUUGAUAAUAGUGCUUAUACCUUUUAAUUGUUUGGGUUUUUUUGCUCCAGCAUUUUAUUUUUAGCACAGCAGCUGUGGAGCUUUUGCUAAUAAGUUUAUUCUUGGUAUCUUAGAAUGCUGUUCUUCUGACAGUUUGUUCUUCUGUACUUGUCUCCUGAGUUAGAGCAACACAGAUAAAUUAUUUUGAGAAUCAUCACAAAGGGAGGCAGGGCUUAAGAGAGUAAAAAUAUAAUUUCCUAAGUGUUAUGUGAGCCAGAAUUUCUACUAAUGUACCCCGCACUGUCACUAUUCAGUGCCAUAUUAAUGUUUUCAAACAGUAUUUGUUUCAUCUUAACCAUCUUUGGCUGAAUGAAAGGCAAUUGAGAACCAUCUUGUAAUCAUACGUAAUAUAAUUAUCAUAUUAAAUGUCUUGGGUUUCUCAAGAGCCCUUUUGUAAUGGUCUUUAGAUUGCGACCUUAUUAACAAGUGCUUGUGUGCCCAGGUGGAUCCCAGUUAAGUCAUCCUUAAAUUCUAAUAGAAGUAAACUAUAAGACAAGCCUAAUUAUACCCCAUACUCAUUUAGAGAGCAUCCCUCAAAAAAAUUUAUGAUUCCAGCAACCUUGACCUAAAUUUAUGCACACCAGUGUUGACCUCUGACCAAAAACUGUGGGAGAUUGCCCUUUGGAUUUGGGACCUAGAGCCCAGUAUUACAGCUGAAGGACCCUCAUUGCUGAAUGUGACUACACCUUUGGCCAGGGCUUAUGAAUGAGCAGGCCACGUGGGAGUAGGAUUUACUCAGUUCCAACUCACUGACAGCUUUCUGAGGUCCAAGCACCUGACUUUCUGGCAGUAAAGAAACCCAAGUACACAGCCAGUGAUCUCUGGCUAUGGCAGAGAUAUAAUGGACUGAGAUAUACCAUAUUAAAUCCAAAAUAUCUAACAUCUGGCAAUGCACUCAUUUUGUCUUUUUAAUUAACAUGCCCUGCUUAUCUUUUCUGAAUGGGGGUGGGGUAGGAGAGUAGAAGGUGUUUAAAGAAAAACAUCCUCUUUCCAUGGUAGUUUUAUGCUUUUCCAAGCUAAAUAGUAGGCUUUACAUUUUACUACCACCCAGUAUAUAGUGUAACUAAGGGGUGCUUUCAAAAAGGUCCACAGUCAAAAGGGUGAGUAUACAGCUCCUUGUUCCAUUUAUGAAUUUGCAUUUCAAAGUCCUGUGCUGUUUAAAGUACUUAGAUUUUUAAAUUUGAGUUCUGUGGCAAGACAAAACUUCUGCUGAGGCCUGAUCCAAAUUAAUGUGAAUCCCAAAAGUAAGUUGCAUGUGAAGGAAAGGUUUUUAGGUUUAAAUUGAAGAUGUGCGCAUUUUCUGUUUGUUUGUAUUCAUUAUGAAUGAGAGAGAUCUGAUCUGAUUGGCCAUUGAAAUUAUGGGCAUGACCACGAGUUCAGCCAUCUAAUUUCUUACUGCAAUUGAGCUCCUUUUAAAUAACCAUGUACAUAUUUGUUAAAGUAUUUUAUAGCCCCAUGUAAAUAACUGAUGUCUUUUUACAUUUAUUGUACCUUCAUCUUGGAUGUGAAUUUACUGUCAUAAUUCACAUGCCGGUGACUCGUGUUCCUAAGUGAGAAUAAUGCUAGUCAGUCAGAUGACAGAUUUUUCUUCAUGAAGGUUUUGCUUAUUGUGAAGGAUAUCUAAGGUAGUAGUCUUUUUUGUUAUUAAUUUUGGGGGCAGACCGGUGCUUUGAUUUUAAUAAAAAUUAACUUUGGAUUCUUA